ACCCAAACCCUUUAGCGCUGCGCACUCACUCUAAGGUUUACGGUUAGGGUUUGUCCCAGCUCUCUGGCGCCAUCUGCUGGCAGAACAGAGUUGCGCUUAUGCAUUUGUUUCUGAACGCUAAACUUCACUUCCUGGCGUUUCCCGUCCGGUUAUUCCGGAUUCAGAUUUGGUUGAAACGGGCACGUGCACUCACUGUGUGCGUGUGCCUGGCGGUGCCGCAGCAGAGUCCGGUUCGAGCGCUGAUCCCGGUGCCGUCCUUGUUGCUGUCAGUCAGUGUCAUUUCCGCGCGACGCGUGUUGUUCUGCCCCCGCGCACGGAGCGCCUCGUCCCCCCGCACUCCGCCACAAUGAGCGAAUACUUCAGCCUGUCGGACUGCGACGUGAUCGGCUUCGACCUGGACCACACGCUGUGCCGGUACCACCUGAAGGAGACCUCUCGGCUCAUCUACGAGAGCUUUGCCAGGUAUCUGGUGGAGUACAAAGAUUAUGACAAAGACCUGCUAAAUCUGACUCCGGCCACCUGGGACUUCUGCUGUAAAGGGCUGGUCGUGGACCUUGAGGAUGGAAACCUUGUGAAGUUGGCUGAGGAUGGAACUGUUUUAAGAGCGACACAUGGAACCAAGGAUCUCAGCACUGAAGAAAUCAUCAAACAUUAUGGUCCAAAAAAGGAGUGGAGGCAUUUUCACAGCCUGAGUACCUCCUUCACUAGAUCUGCAAAAUACUACUUCUAUGACAAUUAUUUUGACCUUCCCGGGGUACUGCUGUGUGGGAAAGUUGUGGACAUGCUACAUAAGCGGGGGAUUGAGGUGAAUUCCGACUUUUGGAAAGACAUGGUGGCUGCCAUCGAUCACAAUUACAACACAUCUGCAUUCAAAGAAGAUGCAGGUACCUACUUCCCCAGUGUGAAGCGGGACCCGAGCCAGUACCUGCAGCCAUGCUCUGAUUCGGUAAAGUUGUGGCUCCGCAGCAUGAAGAGUGCCGGGAAGGUUCUGUUGCUCAUCACCAGCUCCCACAGCGACUACUGCAGGCUCGUCUGUGAACACAUCAUAGGGAAGGAUUUUGAAGAACUGUUUGACAUCAUCAUCACAAAUGCCCUGAAGCCAGGAUUCUUCUCUUUAGUCCCACACCAGAGGCCCUUCAGGACCCUUGUGAACGACGUGGAGGACAGUGAGGGGCUGCCAUCGCUGGACAAACCCGGCUGGUACUCUCAGGGCAACUGGCCACACCUCCACAAGCUGCUCAAGACCAUGACCGGGAAACCAGAGCCCAAGGUGGCGUACUUUGGGGACAGCAUAAGGUCAGACAUGUUUCCUGCAAGGACCUUUGCCGAUUGGGAGACGGUGAUGAUCGUGGAAGAAAUGGAGGGGGAGGGGGUCCCAAAAAGUGAAGCCACAAUGGCCAACGAGGCUCAAGCGGAGCCACUGGAGAAAAGGGGAAAGUUUGAGGAGCAAGGCAUGAAGUCACCCUCAGCCGUGUCCAACCAGUGGGGGUCUUACUUUGUUGACACGCAGAAAAGUGAUGGAGAAGAUGAAGAUGCCCAGAAGCUAACCUGGUGCUGCCACUGCAUUCACAAAUACAGCACCAUGGCCAUUCCCAGUGUGGAGCACAUAGCAGAUCUUCCUCUGGAUUACAAAUUCCCCAGGUUUUCCCCGGACAAGCCCUACACCACCGGCUACUACCCCAGACCUCCAGAUUCUGUGCUGAAGAGGUGCAAGAAUGUGUCCUAAGAAAAGGCAAAAAAUGAAGAAAGUCCUCCCAACCCUUUCUGCUUCAGGAGAGGAAGGUGCCUCCAUAUUUUUGCCUGUAGUUUUUUCUUUUCCAGGUGACCCCAGCCAUCAUCUGUGGAGCACAGGAAGCAUGCGUUCAGAGAAACCAUGUGAAUGUAAGCCACAUAAAUGUAAUGGAAGUGUCCCAUACUGCAGUGUGCCGUACUGGUGUGUGUGCUGCAUUCAGUAGUGGUAUACUCUUCACUUGGACUUUGUGUAUGUGGUCAUCUGUCAUUUUGAAUCCUUCAAACUCUGAAAUGAAGCGAUUUACCUAAAGUGAUUACCUCAAGGGCGGAAACAAGUAAAGCCAGUCAAGCCGUUCCUCAGUGUAUUUCUCUACAACACUCUUACUGUGAAGAUUUGUCAUUUCUCUUUGGUUCCCUCGUACUUUCUUAUAACUCUCUGCUGGUAAGCCCUCGUCACGUUUGUGGAUCUUCGCUGUUGCUAAAAAUUUAGCACAAUAUUGUCUUUUGUGUUGGGUGUUCCAGAAAACUUUGGGAAAUUUGUAUUAAUAACAAGAAGAAGAAUGAAGACUAUGCUAGCUGUUCUCUGUGUUACUUCUGAUGCAGCUGUGUCACGUGUUCUGUGAGGGAUUCUUUAAACCCCUGUGCUUCAUCCAUGCUGUAACCGGCUUGUGAAUGGUCCCUUGGUCGCUUGGCGUUGAGCAGUCGUGCCAUCACUUGUGGAGAAAUCUCCAUUUAUGGAGGUUGUCUUUUUGCUGUCAACACAGGUUCAAGUCAGGUUCCAUCUCAGUACGUAGUAGGAGAAUUUCAUCAGACUCAGUGCCACAAAACUGACUGAAAUGUUACAGCAACUGAGACAAACAGCUCCUAAAGAGACUGAUAAAGGUAUCUGAAAAUGGCUUAGGAGACAUCACAAACAUAGAAGGAUUGUAGAGUGUCCUGUUUUGGGAAGAAAUGUGUUUGGAAAAGAAAUUCCCAUAGAUGGAUUGCUGAAGUCCUUUUUGGACUAAAGAAGAUUAGAACUUACAGCUUUGUUUUUGCAUAAAAAAUCAUAACGAAAGUUGCUCAUUUAGAACUGAAUUGGAGAGUAACAAGAGAAAUCUACUGGUCUGAAAAACGGAAAAUAGGGGCUUUAGUAGGAAAGGUAGCAUAAAAAAAACACUUGGAUCCUUUAGUGAAAAUGGAAGCGUGGGAUUUUUUCCCCCAUUAUAAAGUUUACGAUAGCAGUAUUGUGAUCUGCGACUACUUUGGUUGGUCAGGUACAGUAAAUGUUGCUAAUUUUGUGAAUUUGUUUGCACCAGCUGAUAAUUAUUUGACAUUCGUGGGAAGAUGCAAGAGCAGGAUUAGUUAGCAUUUUCAGCAAAAAAGCAUUGGCAGGCAUCAUCUGACAGACAACAGCUGUUAGCGUUUGAAUUUUUGGUUCCAGAAACUGAUCUUCUGGGUGGUUGCUGUCCUGCAGUGAUGGUCAAUCUGCUCCAUUUCAAUAGCCGGUGUGAUACACAGUACAGAGUGCAACAUAACUGUCCGAUUUUGUCUUUGUUCUCAGCUGCUUCCACAUCACAUCUGUCCCUUUACAAACCUCAAAGAAGUGAUUCAACAUUCUUCUUUCAGUGAAUCGUAGAUUGAAAUAUUCCUACAGAAUGACCAGCAUCUCUCAUGUACCUUGACAGGAAGCAGUGCAGGUGGGAUCGGACAUACAAAGUCAACAGUGGUUUGUGCUGUGUGUGGUUUGUGUAUGCAUACAGUUGUGAUGAUUGUACUCUUCUUUUGUCAUCUGACCUGUAACUUUUGCACAUUUGCCUUAUGUUGGAAUCAUCUGUGGUCUUUAAGAUCUCAAAAACAGGGAAGCUUUGGUUCUGUGUUCAGUGAUGAGGAACUGUCAAAGAAAUAAAAAGUUUUAUGAUUUUUCUUACAUAACAUUUUUCUGGUCUUAAGUUUUGUUUAAACCUUGAACUUCAAGUGCUUCACAUUUGGAAACCCUCAGCACAGGCAUGUGUUCUUCAUGUAGAGCUAAUGAAUGCUGCAAAACAAACAAACAAUGGCUUCUGUCAUCUUCUCAGUUCUGUGCAGAUUCUUUAAUCAUCAAACUAUAGAGUGCUGAAGUCAACCAUCGCUUUACGACAAACGAGCAUUAUUGUAGGCUGUAUUUGUUCAGAGAAGUUAAGAUUUCUGAGGUUUCCUGUUUGAAAUGUUGAAAAUUUCUCCAUCAGCCAGACAAACGAUGUCAGCAGCUAGAAAAUCUCAGACCUCUACAUUAGUUUUGAUCUAAAUAAACCGGACAAUAAAACGA